AUAUCGUCAGAAACAUCGUUGCGCAGAUAUAGCCGUUCCCGGUGACAGCCACUCUUCUGGGAUAUUUGGACACUGGAGCAAGACGGCGCGGGCAGGUUAGUCAACAUCGUGAAAGGCGUUGCAGAAAUGACAACCCAUAUAGUCAAACGGAGUCUGACACAGCGUGGAGGUGGUCGUCCCGCUCCAGGGUCCCAGGAUCCCAGCAGGGCGGCUGUCCGGGUGAAAUACCCUGACUAUGCCGACUUUCAGAGCAGGAUGGCCACAUUCAGAUUAGGGUCGAGGUGGCCCACGGACAAGUCGCAGACACCAGUGGAUGUAGCCAUGGCUGGGCUGUUUUUUGCAGGUGUGGAUGACUGCACCCGCUGUUUUAGCUGUGGUGGGGGGUUAAGGAAUUGGUUGCCAGGUGACGAUCCUAUUGUGGAACACGCCAGGUUUUUCCCAGAAUGCCAAUACAUCAUAGGCUUGAAAGGAGAAGCGUUUGUUGCCAAUGUUAACAGAGACUACCCACGAGAAAACUUUACCGGUGACACAGAAGUAGAUGGUCCUAGUGUAAGUGAACCAGCAGCUCCAGUAGUUGACUAUGAACAGAUGGUGCGGAGCGUUAUGCUGAAGCCUUGUGGCAUGGCACUCGACGUUCUCGGAUAUUCUCGUCGUCUGAUUCGUGACGCUGCCAUGAAAGUACUCAGUGAAAAUGGAUGGAAUGAAUCCCUAGUGACGUCGCAACUUUUAGCCAACGCCUGCUUUGAUCUUCAAGACGCACAGAAAAAUGACACCAGUUCAGAUAGAAGUCCUCCCCCUUCAAACGCCGAGCAUGCCACUUCAAGUGCAGACAGUGUUCCUCCGCCAGAAGGAGCACAUGCUGGAGUGAAUGCUGUUGAUGGACCACCCUCCCCAACCGAUACUCCAUCAGAGGCUGAAGCGAUUAAAAUGUGGCAAGAAAAUCGUCGGAUGAAAGAAACGUUAAAAUGUAAGAUUUGCCUAGACAAAGAGGUGACAGUGGUUUACCUCCCUUGCGGCCACUUAGUAACGUGUACAGAUUGUUAUUCCACUCAACUCCGCUGUCCAUUGUGUCGUACUAAGAUUGUGGCUAGUGUGAGAGUCUACAUGUAAGAUCUGACCAGCACCAAACCAUAGAAAGUCCUCUUGAUCAAAUCAUGUUAUACCAUAGGGAUAUAAUUGCGGUAAAUGCCCCAACCUAGAAGCUAAAUAUGUAUAAUAUAAACAUUAUAAACAGCGAGUUAUAUUGAUACGAAACUAUUAAAUUCAGAAAUAUCUGUAAUAGAAAUAGCAAUCACUUUUUAAAUUCCUUUCUGUUCAUGUACUUAUUGAGUACACCAAUAUUGCAUGCUUUAAGCUGACAACAUAAGUUAAUUAUUCAAACAAGAACAAGUGACUGCACAUCUUUUAAAUCCAUCAUUAAAUACGAAACUCCCGCAGAUGAUUUGGGGUUUCCCCGGGGUUCUACGUGGCUUUCUCUCACCAUUAUGCUGACUGCCGUUGUAUAAGUGAAAUAUUCCUGAGAACAGCGUGAAACAAAGAAAUAAAUAACUAAAUCAAGAAGGACCUGUCCUGACGUGUGAAGUGUGUGUGUGUGUGAUUUUACGUGCCAGUGUGACAUUUAUAUUCAUUGUGAAACAGUAUCACGUGUAUGCGGAGUUAUUUUUUUAUAAUAAUGUAUAUCUUUUUUCAAAUAUAACACGGCACAUUCACCAGCGUUGGGAUAAGGCUAAUGUGAAGUAUACCCGCUAGUCUUCAUCUGUAUUAACAUUGAUAUUAUCAUCAGUAUCAUUAAUCCUAAAAUUAUCAAGUACAUCGUUGAAUAUAUUUUUUUCUAACUCCAAUGAGAGAUAUGAAGUGACUCAAAUAUUAAUUCAAACUUGUGAUUUGCUAUGGAAAAAAUUGAAUGGCUUUAUAUUAAAAAGGCAAGUGACUCUUCACAUUUAUGAACUAUUCUUUAAAUAAUUUCUGAACACUAUUAACAAAGUCUUAAUUUCGUUCUCGCUAAUUUUUGCUUUGCACAAACAGAAUUGUACAGAGCAAUUUUUAGUUCCGAUUUUUUAUGUUUAGAAAUAUCUUGUAAAGAUAGGCUUAUGUUAAAGUCAAAUCUGAGCGAUUCAUAAUUGCCCGUGUUUCAUUUUAGUUAAUGUCUGUCUGGUUCAGCAUCAUCAUCAUAACCAGCAUCAUCAUAACCAGCAUCGUCAUCAUAACAAUCAUCAUCAUCAUAACCAGCAUCAUCAUCAUAACCAGCAUCAUCAUCAUAACCAGCAUCGUCGUCAUAACCAGCAUCAUCAUCAUAACCAGCAUCAUCAUCAUAACCAGCAUCAUAACCAGCAUCAUCAUCAUCAUCAUCAUCAUCAUGACAACCACAUUUACAUACAUUAGUAUUUCGAUCACGUUUCGACGGGAAUUCAAAAGGAAUUUUCGGAUAGUUCAAUCUAUGCUGCACUUACAGCACCAGUAUGAUUCUACAACACUCAGUUUGUGAAACAAUAAAGAUCUAUAUAUACGAAAAAUGUGUUCUGUGUUUA